AAGAUCUAAAAUGACUUUACUUCCAAAGUGGUUAACUUUUCUAAAAGGCAAAGAGGUUGUUAUUGCUAAUGCUGUAAUUGCAAUAUUGACAAUUGGUGGGCAGCAACUUUUCUCUUUUUUUACAUUCAGCUGUCCCUGUCACGUUGGGCAGAACCUUAUCUAUGGGCUGGCUUUCCUAGGAGUUCCUGCACUGAUUCUUCUGGUUGUUGGCUAUGCUCUAAAUAACCAGACUUGGAGGCUGGUUACAGGCAAAAGGUCUCCUCUUGAGGAAACGGCUACACCAAACCGGUUACUGCAAUGCAAACUGGUCUGCUUUGUCUUGUGCAGCAUCACUGGGAGAGCACUGGUUGCUCCAGUAACAUGGCUAGCAGUGACCCUGAUAAAUGGCUCAUAUUAUGUCUGUGCUGUGAGUGAGUAUGUGUCUGAGCAUUAUUACGGAGCUAAUCCUAAUGUUACUGCUAGUGAACGCAGAAGGAUAUUGGCUGCAUUUCCAUGCAGUCAGUUAGUUCCUCCGGAGCUGACCCGGGCCAGAGAUGAAGUGAUUCUUCUACUCCGAUACCAGUCACAAGUGGCUGGCUGGCUUCUAAUUGCUGUGGUAGUCAUCACUGUCUUCCUGUCUUACUGCCUGGCGAGCUGUUUCUCCCCACUCAGCUUUCUACAUUUCAGAUACUGGAGCAACUAUGUCCAUAAUGAGCAGGAGCUCUUUGAUGAAGCAACAGACCAGCACUCCAGGCUCUUUGCCAUGCAGCAUGUAAGGAAGUUCUUUGGCUUUGUCCCAGGGAGUGAAAAUGUAAAGGAAAUCCGUAUCCCAUCUCUCAGAGAGUGGCAAGCCAUUUCUGGUCUGGCCUUUCUAAAACGAGUGGAUGAGGAGCACUACGACUACAGCCUCCUCCAUGACUGGGCUCUCAAGGAGUCUGUAAAUGGAAAAUACAUGAAGACUGAUGGGGACCCUGUGAUCAAAACACACCACUGAGUGUCUGAGCCCCCACCAACACGCUGCAGAAAAACAGGAAUGUGUCUAGCUCCACGUCAGACCUGAGCUGUUCUGGAACUUCUCAAUGCCCGAUACCAUAUUACGCUGCUACAUGAUGUGAGCAAGUAUGUCUUGCUAAUGUAGUCCUUUAGCACAUGCUUCCAGAAGCCUUUUCUGACUCUGUGUGAUUCCUGUGGGAUGUGAUGGUCUAGGUCUAGAUUAGGGUAGGCUGUUCCAGGCUGCAGCUCUCUGCUUUCUAAUAUUUGUACUAAAAGGAUGAGUAUGUAGUGGAAGAGAACGUUAUUCCCAAAUGCUUUUUCUUUCCUUCCAUAAAAAAAAAAAAAAACAC